AUGACGACCAGAUUCAAGAAGAACAGGAAGAAGAGAGGUCACGUCAGUGCCGGACAUGGACGUAUCGGAAAGCACCGUAAGCAUCCCGGAGGUCGUGGUAACGCUGGAGGUAUGCAUCACCACAGGAUCCUCUUCGACAAGUACCAUCCAGGUUACUUCGGUAAAGUUGGUAUGAGGUACUUCCACAAGCUGAGGAACAAGUUCUUCUGCCCAAUCGUUAACCUCGACAAGCUCUGGUCACUCGUACCUGAAGACGUGAAGGCGAAAUCAACCAAGGACAACGUUCCUUUGAUCGAUGUGACGCAGCAUGGUUUCUUCAAGGUUUUGGGGAAAG